CACCGAUCCACGGAAAGAGCCAAAGAUGUCGGCUCGGUCAUGUGAUCAGCUGUGUCCAAUCACAGCUGAUCACAUGAGGGGACAUGUACACUGAUGAUAAGAGCACUGAUGAUCAGUGUGCCCUGAUGAUCAGUGUAGCCCCAGCAGUGCCACCUGUUAGUGUCCAUCAGUGCCAGCUGUCAGUGCUCAUCAGUACCACGUGCCAGUGCACAUCAGUGCCACAUAUCAGUGCCUACCAGUGCACACCAAUGCCACAUAUCAGUGCCCAUCUGAGCUGCCUUUCAGUGUCACCCAUCAGUGCCAGUCAGUGCCACCUAUCAAUGCCAAUCAGUGCCACCUAUCAGUGCUGCCAAUCAGUGCCGCCUAUCAGUGCCAGUCAGUGCCGCCUAUCAGUGCCAGUCAGUGCCGCCUAUCAGUGCCCGUCAGUGCCGCAUAUCAGUGCC